GUUCAUCCGACCUGCUCGCUCUGCCGGAGUCAAGGAUGCUGUUGCUAGGGAGACGGGGAAGUCAGCUGAGGAGGACGUCAAUCAUCCCCUGCAUCACUGUGGAAGGUUCAGGAGGGGAGGAGAAUUUCCUAAACAAGUACGACUCGAAAGGUUCGCCCAAGCUGAGCCACAGGAGCAAGUCGGAAACCAAGCUGUAUGAGGAUGACUCGGACCGGUCCAAACUCAGCAAGAAGGAGUCUCUCAAGGAGCAGAAGAAGAACUACCGGAGGGAGAAGAAACGGGCGGCCAAGGAGCUCCUGAACACACUUAAAGAUCCGUCCGUGGUCGUCUUGAGAGAUUGGCUCAAGAUCCGAGGCACACUGAAGGGAUGGCAGAAGUACUGGUGCGUGCUGAAGCCGGGAGUGCUCAUUAUCUACAAGGGGCCGAAGCACGGCGCCUGGGUCGGGACCAUCCUGCUCAACGCCUGCGAGAUCAUCGAGCGACCCUCCAAGAUGAACGGAUUCUGCUUCAAAGUCUUCCACCCGCUGGACCAGUCCAUUUGGGCAUCCAAGGGCCCGAAAGGAGAGACAGUGCCUGCCAUCACCCAGCCCCUCCCCACAAGUUACCUGAUCCUCAGGGCUGCUACUGAUGCAGAUGGUCGAUGCUGGAUGGAUGCCAUGGAGCUGUCCCUUCGCUGCUCCAGCCUGCUCAUGCGCUCCAUGGUCAAGGACGCCGCUACAAAUGGGCAGCAAUCUAUGUCUACACUGGACACCUCCGACCCCAACCAGCAGUCCAGGACCCUUUGGGAUGAGAUAGCGUGUGCCAGUGGUGAUGACCUUAUCUUCCCCAGCAGCUGGAAUGAGUCUGACAUUGAGCGGCACUUCCAGGUGCACCUGGCCCUGGGUCGUACCAUCACAACCCAGAACGGGGAGGAGGAGGAGAAGGAAGAGAAAGAGGAGGAAAAAGACGAAGAUGAGAAGGAGAGUAAGGGUUCGGACUCGGAGGCGUCUGAGCAGCAUGACCAGGUGUUUGAGGAGGACCUGGAGCCUCCCAAAGAGACGGUGUACCGAGAGAACACCUGUGAGGAGCUGGGGCAGCAGGGUGGGGCCAGUCAGACAGAGGAGGUCGCAGACGAGAACAAGAGCAUCAUCUGGACGCUCAUCAAACAGGUGCGGCCAGGAAUGGACUUGUCCAGAGUCGUCCUUCCGACCUUUAUCCUGGAGCCAAGGUCAUUCCUGGACAAGUUGUCGGACUACUACUAUCAUGCAGACCUGCUGUCUGACGCUGUGAACAUCGACGACCCGUUCGGCCGGAUGAAGCAGAUCGUGCGCUGGUACCUCUCAGGUUUCUACAAGAAGCCCAAAGGUCUGAAGAAACCGUACAACCCCAUCUUAGGGGAGACCUUCCGCUGCAUGUGGCCACACCCUCAGACAGGCAGCAAGACCUUCUUCAUAGCAGAGCAGGUAUCCCAUCAUCCUCCAGUUUCUGCGUUCUAUGUGACGAAUCGACAAGACGGAUUCUGCAUCAAUGGCAGCAUUUUGUGCAAGUCAAAGUUCUACGGUAACUCCUUGUCAGCUAUCCUGGACGGCACUGCGUGUCUCACGCUCCUGAACCGAGGGGAGGACUAUGCCAUCACCAUGCCAUACGUCAGCUGUAAAGGUAUCCUGUACGGUACUAUGACGAUGGAGAUGGGCGGAAAAGUGAGCCUGACGUGUGACAAGACGGGAUACAGGACCGAGAUAGAGUUCAAACUCAAGCCGUUCCUGGGUGGCAGCGAUGCCAGUAACCAGAUCACAGGAAAGAUCAAGCUGGGGAAGGAGACCCUGGCCACACUGGAGGGCCACUGGGACCAGGAUGUGUACAUCACAGAGAAAAGCACCGGCUCAGAUAAAACAGAGGUGUUCUGGAGCGUGACCGACGAGGUGAAGUCUCGCCGGCUGAAGCGCCAGACCGUCCGGUUCGAGGACCAGGGGGACUUUGAGUCGGAAAAGCUGUGGCAGCACGUGUCGGCGGCCAUCAUGGCGUGUGACCAGAACAAGGCGACCAACGAGAAGUACAUCCUUGAAGAGCAGCAGCGCAAAGACGCGCGGGAACGGAAGGAGAAACGGUCGGACUGGGUCCCGAAGCUGUUCGAGCGAGAGGGCGCGGAGGAGCACAACUGGAUCUAUAAACACAUCGACACGCGCCCCUGGGAUCCGCACAACGACGUCUUCCAGUACGAGUUUGGCGGGGUCAUCCAGGCCAAGACGCGCCACAAGACCCCCAUGGUCCGCACCACCAGCAUCAUGAGUGUGCCCGGCACACAGAGGCAGCAGAGCCUCAAGAACAGGAAGCACCUGGUUAAGCCGCCGAGCCAGUCCCACCGCGACAGCGAUCGUUCCAGCAGCGAGCCACGCCCAGACGAGGACGACGCUUCUGACGACGAACGGAGCGACGUAUCCAGCCGUGCGGAUUCUGGCCGAGGGCCGCGUUCCCGCCACCACUACGCCCCCUCCACGAUCGAGCAGGCCGUUCGACCACUCGUCAGAGCCCAGCAGGAGACCAACGACCGAUUGGCCGACCUCAGUGGUCGCCUCCGGAUGCUGGCCAAUCAGAACGCAGAGCACAGCAACUACCUGCAGAACAAAGACUGGCUCCUAUUGGCUGUCGUCAUGCUGUUCCAGGUCGUCACCAUGUACAUGUUCUCCAGAUGA